AUGGCUGAAUUUGAAGAAAUGAAACGUGAGGCAGAAAGGUUAAGACAAGAAGCUGCACGUUUGAAAGAAGAAGAAGAACGAUUGAAACAAGAGGCUGAAAGACUUAAAAAAGAAAAAGAAGAGACCGAAAGGUUUAAAGCAUCUUUGUUAGAUUCCAGUGCGAAAACAUCCUCUCCAUCAUCAAUUGCUACACCACCACCUCCUCCAACAUUGAGCAUGCCACCACCUCCUCCAACGUUAAAUGUAACAAGUUCACCAACAACUACAAUGACACCAAGUUCCGGUGCAGCGCUAUCAUUAGCAGAAAUGAUUGCAGCUAAACAAGGUAAAUUAAAGGCAACUGAAAUUGAAGAACGAGUGGUCCAAGAAGAUGAGGUUGUUUUAGCAUUAAGAGGAAUUCUUACCGCAAGAAGACAAGACACUAAUAUUUCUUCUGAUGAAGAAGAAGAAGAUGACGAUGACUGGAGCGAAUAA